GCCGGGGGUGUGGCUCUGGGGCGUGGCCUCGCGCAGCGAUGGAGGAGCCCGGGCUGUGGGUCGGGUUCGUGGGCGCCGGGCGCAUGGCCGGGGGGCUCGUCCGGGGGCUGCUGCAGGCGGGGAAGGUUCCAGCCAGCAACGUCCUGGCCAGCGCUCCCUCGGACAGAAACCUGGGCACUUGGCGGGAGUUGGGCUGCAGGACCACGCACUGCAACCUGGAAGUGAUGUACAGGAGCACCCUGGUCUUCCUGGCCACCAAACCCCACAUCCUGCCGGGUGUCCUGGAGGAGAUCCGUCCUGCUGUGGGGCCCCAGCACAUUGUGGUGUCACUGGUGGCUGGUGUCACCAUCCAGACACUGCAGCGGCUCCUCCCUCCCGGGACCAAAGUGCUGCGGAUCAUGCCCAACCUGCCCUGCGUGGUGCAGGCAGGGGCCAUGGUCUUUUCCCGGCUGGAGAAGGGAGCGCUCCGCGCCACCGUCAUGGAUGCCGUGGAGGCGGCCACCAAACGGGCCUGUGAGUUGGCCAAGGACUAAUGGACGAGCCCCUUCUGGGACAGGAGGGGUGAUGGAGACCAAAGCGAGCUCCUCUGAGGAGCUGGGGGAUCCUGAGAUCUUCAGGUGAGGGUGAGGGUGGGUGGUGGUGUGGGUAUGUGUUACCUCUGCGGGGCUGAAACCAAAUAAACGUGGCCAGAGCAAUGGGAGGUGUGUGGCUUGUUGUG